AUGUUUAUUUCAGAAUUAAUUCUGGGUUCAUUGUCUAUAGAAACAUUUCGAGUGAAAAAAACAAGAGAAGUUGGUUGUGGUUAUUAUCUUUUUGUAUCAUCGAUUAGUUCAAUGUGUAUGAUUAUUGUAUUAACAAUUAAAUUUUGGCAACUUGUUCUUUCACAAAUGUCCAUCAUAACUAAUGAAUCAAUACUCUUUAUUAAUUGUAUUUUAAUUGAAAUAAUUCUUAAAUCUUGUUUAGCAUCAAGUGAAUGGCUUAAUGCUUGUGUAUCUAUGGAAAGAAUGUUUAGUGUCAUUCAAGGUAUCACAUUUAACAAAAUUAAAAGUAAGAUAAUGGCUAAACGAGUGAUUUUUGUUGUUAUUAUCUUAACAAUACUUACACAUAUUCAUGAUCCACUUCGUCGACGAUUGAUUAAAGAUUUAGAUGGAGAGCAACAACGAACAUGGUGUUUAUCUCAAUAUUCAUAUAGAGUAACUAAAUACAACAGAUUUAUUACUCUCUUUCAUUUUCUAGGUCCUUUCUCAAUUAAUUUGAUAUCUGCUUUCGUACUUAUUAUAGUAGCAGCUUAUAGUCGUUCUAAAGUAGAAUCGAAACUAUCAUUCAUACAACAUUUACAAUCAAAACUUAAACAACACAAAAAGAUUAUUAUUGUACCUAUUAUUUUUUUAUUAUUAAGUGUGCCACGUCUUAUUAUUUCAUUCAUAUUGGGAUGUAUGAGAUCACCUCAUCAAUCUUGGCUAUAUCUUAUUGGCUAUUUUCUAUCAUUUAUACCAUCAAUGUUAAUAUUGUUUGUGUUUAUUUUACCAUCAAAAACUUACAAAAAUGAAUUAGAUAAAUCAAUACAACGAUGGAUUAAACGAUUUUGUCGACGAUCUUGA